UAGCGGGGUGGGUUGGGUCCGAACUACGGGGGCCGCGACGUGCGGAGCCGACCGGGCUGGGCGGCGGGGCGCGGGCCGGGCCGCGCCGGCCGCCAUGGGCAACCUGUUCGGCCGUAAGAAGCAGCAGAGCCGGGUCACGGAGCAGGACAAGGCCAUCCUGCAACUGAAGCAGCAGCGGGAUAAGCUGAAGCAGUACCAGAAGAGGAUCACCCAGCAGCUGGAGCGGGAGCGGGAGAUUGCCCGGCAGCUCCUGCGCGACGGCAGGAAGGAACGGGCCAAGCUGUUGCUCAAGAAGAAGCGAUACCGGGAGCAGCUCCUGGACAAAACAGAAAACCAGAUCACCAGCCUGGAGACCAUGGUCCAGAGUAUUGAGUUCACCCAGAUUGAAAUGAAGGUGAUCGAGGGGCUGCAGUUUGGAAAUGAGUGUCUGAAUAAGAUGCACCAGGUGAUGUCCAUAGAAGAGGUGGAGCGGAUACUGGACGAGACGCAGGAGGCUGUGGAGUACCAGCGGCAAAUAGAUGAGCUGUUGGCAGGAAGCUUCACUCAGGAGGACGAAGAUGCCAUCCUGGAGGAGCUGGACGCAAUCACUCAGGAACAGAUAGAGCUGCCAGAGGUUCCUUCAGAACCCCUUCCUGAAAAGAUCCCAGAGAAAGUCCCCGUCAAGGCCAGGCCCCGACAGGCGGAAGUGGUGGCAGCCUCGUAACUUGUGUGGGACUCACGGGGAUUCCAGAGGACUGGGGCCCACAGAGUUUGGGUGCGUGUCCGGCCCUGGCCGGGCUCCCAGGAGGCUGGCGCCGGGCCAGGUGGGCCGGGAGCUGACGGAGCAGCACAGCACACACAGGGCUCCUGAUCAGGAUGACUACGGAGCGUUUCCCUGGCGCUGCUGUCUUGCUCUCGUUUCUGGAUUAAAUGGCAACAUUCAAACUCUCCAGCCAGACGCAGCUUCUGCAGCUGUGGUUCCCCUGGGCCACGGCCAGGCCCAACGCUCCUGGUGCUGGUCACACCUCCCGUCCCGGGUCGCGCGGCUCCACGGGCCAGUGUCUCCGCCACCCUGUCUUCUGUGGAAGGCACAUCAGACCUGGCCUCCCCACCCUUCCCUUUCCCUUCUUCCUGCUGCUCCCAUUAGCUGGCAGGGCUUUGGUUAAGGGGGCCCUCCCUUGGCCUGGCUCCCGGACGUGCCCAGUUUCCAUGUAGACUUGGGGGUGGUAACCUCUCUGCUUCCACGUCGGCGUUUGUGGGUGGUGGACCAGGAGGGGUGCGUCCCUGCUGGAUUUUGAUGACUCUAGGAGGUCUGCCCACCCCAUCACUCCUGGGGCCGUACAGAGGCCCAGUCCUGCUGACGGACAUUCCAGGAUAGCCGGCCGGUGUGGCUGCGGGUCCCCGAGCUGCCAGCUUCGAGCUGUUAGCAGCCAAGUGGAGACUGGGAAGGAUGGAAGUGACUUCCCUAGUUCACGGUUCGUUUUGGAAUUAGACAAUCUCCCUGAGAUUUCACUCCCAACAGGAAGACAAAGGGGACCCUCUUAGCCCCCCAGACAAGCCAGCCCCCUAUUAAAGUUGACACCCACACAGCCUGCUGCCUUGUGGACUGGGGGCCGUGGAAGGGCGGGUUGGUGUGGUUCCUCCCUCAGGUUCCUGGAACACAGUCCCCUGACCCUCCCGGGGCACUUGGCACCUGGCUGGUCAGUGCCACACGGGCUGGGGCCUCAGGAGCCAGUGAGGUUCUAGCCCUGCCCGGCUGUGGGUGGAAGGCAGUCACCUGUGGGCACCUGCCUGCAGCAAGGUGCAGGGCGGUACUCUGGCCCCACCUCCCUUAGAAGGGGUGCUGGUGGUUUCUCAUUUUUCAAGGGGUUUUGUGUGACUCCCGUGGCUGGUGGCUGGGAGGGCGUGCAGUUUGGUGCCUCUGGGGUGUGGGGGUCUGGUUUGGAGUCCUGAUGUCUAGGUAGGAAGCCAGAUGCCCCAGGGAGCGAGCAGGCAACAGCAAGGACAGACAAGUGGAUGUCCCACCUGAGGGGGGGCCUCCACACCCUCCACCCAGAGGGUAUGGUGGGCUGUGGCCAAGUUGCCAGGUCUGGAGUUCUUCAAGAGGAGCUAGAAACCCAGGCUUUCAGCGGACAGUCUUGCUUUGUGUGAAAGCACCCUUACCAGGUGCAUGCGCACCUCAGCCAGGAGGGGGCUCUGUGCCAGCUGAUUUGGGGGAUUUUGCCAGAAGCCGACCUUUCCAGCGCCACUCUGGCUGCUGGGCCCCACCCCAGUCCUAGGGGCAGUUCUGAUUGAGGAGGGGAAGGAGGUCCUGCCUCUCCUGCCUGUGAGUAACCCGUCCCUCUGCAGCAGUGGGUCCCAGGCCGGGGGAGGGAGGGGCAGCCUCUCCGGACCCCACAAGCAGAGUGGACACCUCCCCUUUCCCUCUCCCUCCCAGGACCCAGAGCUUGGGGCGGCCUGGGAAGCUGCCCAUGGCAGUGCCCUGCCUCGUCUCUUAAACAGUUUCACCACUGGGAGCUGUGUGGUGGGCUGUGGGGCACCAACCCCCGGCCCUGGUGAGCGCUUGGAGAACCUGCCCAUGGGUGUGUGUGGCCCAGCUCCCUGGGAUACACCCGUUCCCAGGACCGGAAGGUCAUGACCAGCCUCCUCCUGACCUGGGCAAGGGGUACCCUCGUGUGGAACAACCCAAGAGUUGGGGAGGGGACCCUCAUCCUCUCGCCGUCAACAAGUGAGAUUUCACGUACCAACCAACAUGCCUUUUUCUUUGUAAAAGUUCAUCCCUGGACCUAGGGAGGCCGUACUCUGAAACCCAGCUGACCUAGAGCUGACUCCUAGGCUCCGGCCUUGGAGGUCACCUGGCUCAUAGGCCCCCUGUGUGUGUGUUGGGGCAGGGGGAGCCCAUGCAGCCAGGAUGAGACUCACAUCUUCCUGCCCAGUGCUGAGCCCCGGUCUUAAAAUACCAGCUGUGUGAGCCUGACCUGACCUCCUAAUCUGGGGGGCAUAGAACUCAUGACGAUCACAAACCAGUCACAGUUAAGUACAAAAUCUGGGAGCAGAGCUGGCAUCCUGCCCAAGAUCAGUGGGGGCCUGGUGGGGGGCUUGGAGGAAAAGGAGAGGCCACAGUGAGCCACCUGCAGAGGGCCUGGUAGCAGCUGUGCCUGGUGGGUGAGAGAGGUGUAAGGGGGAGCCAUGGGGGCCUUCUGACCACAGAGAGGACUUCCUGGGAAGCUGGCAAGCCUGGCAUCCAGAAGGGAUAGACCGGGACAGUAGAGAAAAGGACCCAGGGACCAGGACCGUUUGGCUGGAGGCACAUUUGUGGUACAAGCAGCGUGGAAAGUAGAGAAGCAGGGGAUGGGGAGUUGGGGGAAGAGGGCACCCAGGAUUGGGUGGGGGUACUACUGGGACAGGGUAGGGGAGACAGAAUGGGAGGUGCCCAGACAGGGUGGGGGCCGUGUCCUGGUUGCAUUGUGUGCCCUGCCCUGGGGAGGUGUUUGCCCUCCCCCCUACCCACUGCUGCCCCAUGGGGUCUCCCGGUGACCCCCACCUGCCCAUGGGGAGAACCUGGUGAUGUCAAGUGGGGCGUUGUCAUGACAACACGGGAGCUUUGCCUUCCCAGGAGAGGCCCAGAGCCAGGUCACUCGCCACAUCACCAAACUCAGCAGGAGACCCCACCACCCCUUCCAUCUCUGCAGGUGCUCGGCCACUGGGGGGGGGGGCAGCAGGUCAGCAGGUGGAGCUGGCCUCAUGGCCCCAGUCAGAGCCUUGACUGCGUGAGCCAAGACACCCAGCCUGGGGCCUCCCCAGUGGACACCUGCACCCCUUGGCCAGGACAGCUGCCACCUUGGCAUGUGCUCCACCCUUUCAACGAUCCCUAGCAUCCUUGCGGCCCUGUGUCUGGGGAUCUCAGUGAGAAAAUGGGAAACUCCAGAUGUUUCUUCCUUAGUCAUCUGCCCCCUCUCCGCCCAGCUUUCCUGAGUGACCCUGCACACAACCCCAUCUCAUCCCUGGUGCCCCGCCCUCCCCAAGGACCAGGUCUCAGGCUGGGGGCUGUGGCGUCCUCCAGGGCUGCUCUCGCUACUUGUGAUCUUGUUCCUGAGGAGUCUGAGGACUGGUCUUGGAAGGAAGGAAGGUGUGUUCUUUCCUGAGGCAGGCACGGGCUAGUGUAGGGAAGGCAUUUAAGGGUCAUGAGCGACACUGGCCUCUGAUCUAGCUUAUGGAGUAAGUAAACCUUCCUUAAGAAGCAGAAGUUCAGAAACGAACUCAAAAGAGUAAGAGCACAGGGAAUGAGGACCGUGGAAGCUGAACUGUGGAUGCAAGGUGCUUGGCGGCGCUCUGACACCCGAAGAGUGAUCUUCACUUGUUUUUGUGGGUUUUUUGGUAAAAGCUUCAUUGAUUGUGCAGUUCAGUCAUUUUUAUUAUGUUCUCAGAGUUGUGCAACCGUCACCACAAUCAAUUUUAGAACAGUCCCAUCAUCCCUAAGGAAACCCUGCACCCUCUCGCUAGUGCCCUCAUCUCCCCUCCCCACAGUCCCUGGCAGCCACUAGUCUGCUUUCUGUCUCUAUGGAUUUGCCCAUUCUGGACAUUCAUACACAUGGAGUCACACAAUGAAUGACCUUUAGUGUCUGGCCUCUUUUACUUAGUGUGAUGUUUUUGAGGUUUACCCAUGUUGGAGUGUGUGUCAGUACUUCAUUCCUUUUUAUGGUUGAAUAAUGUUCCAUUCUGUAGAUGGACCACAUUUUAUCUGUUCAUCACCUGAUGGACGUUUGCGUUUUUUCCACUUACUCACUUUUAUGAAUAAUGCUUCUUUCUGUACACGUUUUUGUGUAGACAAGUUUUCAUUUCUCUUGGGUAUAAACCCAGAGUGAGUUCCACUCUGGGUCAUGCAGUGACUCUUAACGUUUGGCCAUUGGAGGAAGUGCUGCAUGUUUUCCUCAAUGGCUGCACCAUCUUUCAUCCCCAGAAGCAGGUGUGAGGGCUCCACUUUGUCCACAGCCUGCCCAGCACUAGCUAUUUCAUAUCUUUUUCAUUAUAGCCAUCCUAGUAGGAGUUAUCUCAUUGUGGUUUUGAUUUGCAUUUUCCUCAUGACUAAUGAUGUUGAGCAUCUUUUCUUAUGCUUAGUGGCCAUUUGUACAUCUUGGGAGAAAUGUCUGUUUAGCUCUUUUACUCAUUUUAAUUGGGUUGUUUUUUAUUAUUGAGUUGCAAGUCUUCUUUAUAUAUCCUUGAUAUUAGACUCUGAUCAGAUAUAAGAUUUGCAAAAAUUUUCUCCCAUUCUGUGGGUUGGUCCUUUCACAUUUUUAAUAAUUUCCUUUGAAACACAAGUGUUCUUUAAUUUUGAUGAAGUCCAGUUUAUUUUUUCUUUUGUUGCUUGUGCUUUUGGUGUCAUAUCUAAGAUACCAUUACCUAAUCCAAGGUCAUGAAGAUUUAUUUCUAUGGGGCUUUUUUAAGAGUUUUAUAGUUUAGCGCUUACAUUUAGGUCUUUCAUCCAUUUUGAGUUAAUUUUUCUAUAUGAUGUUAGGUUGGUGGUCCAAUUCAUUGUUUUGCACGUGGAUUUUUUUUUUAAGAGUUGGUUUCUUUUUUUUUUUUUAGAGUUGGUUUCUUUUUUUUAAUAAAUUUAUUUUGCAUUUAUUUAUUUUUGGCUGCGUUGAGUCUUCGUUGCUGUGCGUGGGCUUUCUCUAGUUGCUGCGAGCGGGGGCUAGUCUUCAUUGCAGCACCCGUGCUUCUCAUCACGGUGGCUUCUCUCGUUGCGGAGCACGGGCUCUAGGUGCACAGGCUUCAGUAGUUGUGGCACACGGGCUCAGUAGUUGUGGCUCACAGGCUCUAGAGCGCAGGCUCAGUAGUUGUGGCGCAUGGGCUUAGUUGCUCCACGGCUAGAGUUGGUUUCUGUUUAUUCGGGAAUAACUGUGGUCAACUUUCAUUAAUGUGGAAGCUUACUGAUUAAUUCUUUUCCAAUCAUUCUAGUACCAUUUGAAAAGACAGUUAUUUCCCCCAUUGAAUCCUUGGCACCUUUGUCAAAUAUCAGUUGACCAAAUGUGAGAGUUUAUUUGCAGACUCUCAAUCCUAUCCCAUUUAUAUGUCUAUCCUUAUAUCCUUAUUGUAGCUUUGUAGUAAGUUUUGAAAUCAGGAAGUGUGAAUCCUCUAACCUUGUUCUUUUUCACGGUUGUGUUUGCUAUUCUGGGUCUCUUGAAUUUCCAUAUGAAUUUUAGUAUCAGCUUGUUAAUUUCUGGAACGAAGCCAGGUGAGAUUUUGAUGGGGAUUUUGUUGGAUCCAUAGAUGAAUUUGGGGAGUGCUGCCAUCAUAGCAAUAUUAAGUCUUAUGAUCCAUGAACACAAGUGUCUUUUCAUUUAUUCAUUAAUUCCUUUCAACAAUGUUUUAUAGUUUUCAGAGUGUAAGUUUUAUACUUCUUUUGUUAACUUUAUUGUUAAGUAUUUUCUUCUUUUUGAUGCUAUUGUAAAUGGAGUUUUUUUCUUAAUUUCAAUUUCAGAUUAUUCACUGCAAGUGUAUAAAAAUAAAAUUGAUUUUUGUAUGUUGA